AUGGCCAUCAAAUUUACUCUUCAUCGCAGAAUGUCUCACACUGCAGGAAAUAUGAAUGACAAACUGGAGAAGUUAGAAUCUCCUACCACAGGAGUUCCUAACCCUACCAUGGAGUACCCUACUUUAUAUCACUUACUUACAUUCUCUCAAGGUAACAUCACCAGUUACAAUCCAGCACAUGUUCCCUCUUCUCACAUUAUUACACCAGUACAUUUAGUUCCCCAGUCAAUUUGGAAAGACAUCCUGAAAGACAUUCAUUUGGUCUCCUUGUUGAUUGCCUUCCAAGACCUCAUAAAGAACUAGAAGUACUGCUACGGAGACUCAUAGUAGUUUUGAAAGCUCAGGACCCCUGACUGAACAAAACGGACUAUACCCGAAUUCAUUCUGGCCUUUUUGUCUAAAUAGAAACAUCUGUUACACGUCCCCACACUAUAGGGAAGACCUAUUUUACAUAAAUGGUGGACCUGGGGCACAAGUAUGGUGUUAUACAGUCUAUGAAACAUAGAAUGUGACGGCAGAGUAGAACCAUUCGGCCCAUCUAGUCUGCCCAAUUUUCUAAUUACUUUCAUUAGUCUCUGAUAUCUAGGAUAGCCUUAUGCCUAUCCCACACAUGCUUAAACUCCUUUACUGUGUUAACCUCUACCACUUCAGUUGGAAGUCUGUUCCAUACAUUCACUACCCUCUCAGUAAAGAAAAACCUGAUAUUAUUUUUAAACCUUUGCCCCUCUAAUUUAAGACUAUGUCUUUUUUAAAAAAAAAUAUACUCUCCUCCUCUACUGUAUUGAUUCCCUUUAUGUAUUUAAAUGUUUCUAUCAUAUACCACCUGUUUCACCAUUGUUCCAAGCUAUACAUUUAAAGACCAAAAACACUAAAACAAUCAUACCUCCCAAGCGUCAUGUAUCUGAUGGAGUUGGUGCUGGAGGGAAACUCAUAGGAUGCAGCUAUAAGAAAACACAUACUUUAUGCUAAUUUCUCUCUAACUAAUGCUUUCAUCUUUCAAGUAAAUCCAUAACCCCUAACAGCAGUGUCCAGUGAAGCCGGAAGUCAAUGGGCAGGGUAAAAGUGUGUGCCACUGGCGCGAAUCACGUGACAAGACCUGCCAAAAGGGGUAAACAUGCCCAAAAAGGGGGCAUGUUUGUCCAAAGAAUUGGAAGGUCAGCCUGGCAUGAAUGCAUGUCAGGCUGCCUGCCAAUCCUGCAGGCUGUCCAACUAAGGGCAUACUAUGCAAGCAGUACCUUGAGCUUGACAUAAAUGCGUCUAAUGAUGCACUCACUCCAUUCUUUCUAAGGACUGUCCCCUAGCACUCGCUGGUCCACUUGUCUCCUUAUCUUCUUACUAGCAGGCAGAAGUUCCUGGUAUUUAGUCUGAGACAGAGAAAAGGUGUCUGUAGUGAGUGUAGAAGAAAGGGGACAUGCCACAGUUUUAGAGAGACCAACGUCUGCAUUACCUAAACUAACUUUAAUGUCAGCCAGUGCACACAAGUUUUGUUCCCAUACAUCCCUCUUAAGCUUCCAAACUUAAAGGGACACUAUAGUCACCAGAACAAAUACAGCUUAUUGUAUUUGUUCUGGUAAGUAGAAUCAUUCCAUUCAGGCUUUUUGCAGUAAACACUGUCUUUUCAGAGAAAAUAACUCCACUGGCUGCUCCUUAGAUGGCUGCUAGAGGUGCUUCCUGGGGCAGUACUGCCUAGUGUGCAGCACUGCCAUUCAGUGUCUCCACCCUCUGCAUGCAGACACUGAACUUUCCUCAUAGAGAUGCAAUGAUUCAAUUUAUCUUUAUGAGGAGAUGCUGAUUGGCCAGGGCUAUGUUGGACUUGUGCUGGCUCUGCCCCUGAUCUGCCUAGGUGACAUUCUCAGCCAAUCCUAUGGGGAAGUAUUGUAAUUUGCUCAGACCACCACUUCUGAGCCAGCAGCUGCAGAAUUGAAUACAAGUAAUAUUUUACUAUAUUUAGGGAGGCAAGAAGGGGCCAGGGUGGUGGUUUUAACAUAAUAGGGUAAGAAAUACAUGAUUGUGUUUCUGACCCUAUAGUGCUCCUUUAAGCAAGAAUAUGUGAAGAGUAGUUAAGGUUGCCACCUGUAACGGACCGUUUUGCCCACAAGGGGUAAAAAACGUUUAGUAGAUCUUCCCCUUCCAGAUGCACAGGCACAGCUACUGCAGAACACCAAUCCUCCGAACAGGAAACCAUACGAAUGCUGUAAACAGACGAAUAGGAAAAACCAUACGAAUAGGUUUACACUCCUAGCAAUCAAACUGGAACAGCAUACAGUAAAUCCCCCCAAGAACGAGACAAAGCUCCGUGUUGAGGGUCAAGCAGUGAACAGACAGAGCUGUGGGUUUAUUGUGCUUAUGUACACAUUCUUACACAUUAGUACCACCCACAGGGUUUUGGAACACAAUCAAUAAACACAUACAAUACACUCAGACACUCCCACACAAAUUCCUCCCCUCUGCAUGUGAUUCAAUUACCUUACACAAUGGGUAAUGUAAUUUAGCACAAGCAGAAAAAUAAUUUUUUUCCACAUUAUUCAUAACUUGAAAAGUAUGCAUCACAUUCACAUAAAACAUACAUUUUCAGAAUCAGCAUACUCCAAAUACAAACAUACGUCAAAAUCAUACAAAUUGGUCCAGUGGUUCAAAAGAUAGAUCGUAGUCCUUUGUGACCACAGGAAGCAUGGCUUUUCUGCCCAAAACCAGUUCCACAGAGUCUUCUAUCCUGGAGAUAAUUGUGAAGUAAUCCAAUUAUCUCCAAAGACAGAGGCAAAACUCCAUUGAACACAUGGCAGCAAAAGACAAUAAAAUACAUAAAAACAUAUAACUGUGCAGCCAUUGCACAAAACAGGUACAUUCAACAUAUCCCCAGAUAGCUCAGAUCUGAGCGCACAUUAUUACUGAAUGGCGCUCAGAGCACACACAUACAGUUCAAUUGCCAUGGAGCCAAAGUCUUUCCCAUAGUCUUUCAUUAUACAAAUGGGCUCCAUGGCAUAGCUAUCUGGGUAACACUGCUCACAUAGGGAAAGUACCGAAAGACCCAGCUUUUGGGUCUUUGCAGGGGAAAAUCCAUCCUUUCAACAUGGGGCCAUAGUCACAGGGCAGGAGGCCGGCAAUCAGUCUUCUCCAAUGCCCAGUGGCGAGGCUAGUUCCGCCACACCACCUUUCUUGGAAAAAAAUACCAGCCUUAAUCAUUUGUAUAAUUAAUUAGUUAUGCGUGACAUCACAUGCUGUAAAUCACAAGGAGUGACAUCAGAGAAAAUCACCAACAAACUACUCACAGUUUGAUUCUGCUGUAUAGAUGGAUUGCUUCCAGUGUCUGCACAGUCAUGUGUCUCAUCCCACCAUGUUUCUGUUAUGCCUCUAGUUCCCCCAUUUUGUUAUAUAGGCUCCUUGCAUUAGUAAGCAUACAUUUAAUAUUAUCAUGAGUCAUUUGUACUUUUUGUGAAUUUUCAUUAAUAUGACAUACCUCCUCUGUUCUGAGAUUUCCCCUCCCCCCAUCUCCACACCCCUUAUAGUGAGCGAAAGCCCAUCUUCUUUCUAUCCUAUCUCCAUUUUCUAGAUUGCUUCUAGCCAUCCUUUCUGUGCGGUCUCUGCUCCCCAGCGCGCAGCUUAAUGAGACCGGGGCCAGAAUAUGACAUCAUAUUCCGUCCUCGGUCUCAUUAAGUAGCGCACGAGGGCGGGGGAGCAGAGACAGCACAGCCAGCUCCCUCCUGCGGCCGCCAGAAGAGCCAACUCCCCCUGCACACCCAGUUGUCUGCCCAGCCCCAGGUGCCGACGGCCCACCGGGAAAUUUCCCGGUAUCCCGGUGGGCCAGUUCGGCCCUGAGGGUGACUAAACAGAAGAUUAAUCUAGGGACCUAUAUAAAAUGUCCAUCUUCCAUCCCAAGUGAGGAUGACUACCGUCACAGGAAUGACAGGAGCUGUUGUGUAUGUUGGGAAAGAUAGGGACUGUAUGGUGGGCAUUGCAUACUGUUGUGGUUAUGGCACUUGAAGUGUUAUUUAACCCAGGGGUAGAUAACCUGGUCCCUACCACCCACUGUGCAGUUUGUGAUUUCAGGUGGGCGGUGGUGGGUUCUGCAGAAAAAACUCAGUGGGCCUCGAUGACAAUGGACCAAGGCCGGCAGGGGAGAUCCUUUCAUCUCCCCUGCUUGCCCAUGCAGAGCCAGUCUUGCUGUAAGCCCUCCUAGACUGGUGAGGAGAUCAAAGGUCUUCCUCACCAGUCCGCUGGCAUUUACUUCCAGCAGAGGAAGGGAAGAGCCUGGGUAGCUCUGUGUUCCGCCUGCAAGCAGGCUGGUUGGAGCGUUGCUGUGCACUACCAUGGCAACACUCCGAUACAGUAAUGUGCUCACAGAAGGACAGAAGAGUCAGCAAGCAGGCAGGCAGGCAUUAUGUCACCACUCCAUGGAAAAAGGUAAGAAGGUGGUAGGGGGAAACAUUAACAUAGAUUUUCACAUCUUACCCACCUACACACAGCGUCGACCCUAUGCACCACACACACACACACACUAUACCCCUCACAAACACACAGACUGCCCCCUCACACACACUAAACCACACACGCACACACCACCCCUCACAAAUAUACUGCACCCCUCACACCAGCUGCCACAUUACAAACUGCCCCUCUCACACACUGCACCUCUCACACACACACACACUACACCCUUCACAAAACACACACACACGCAAAAAAAGUAGAAUAUAAAAAAGGAAAAAUAGAUAAAUGUAAGUACAUAUUUUUACAAACAAAAAACCUCCUUUCUAUAAAAACAAAACAAAAAACAGACGCACUUGCGCUAUAAAAUUAGUUUCUGUGGCACUGGUGGGCGAUAAUACAAUUUUACCAUCAACAAAGAUACAGAAGUAGGCGGUAGGUAUUUAACCCCUUAAGGACCAAACUUUUGCAAUAAAAGGGAAUCAUGACUGUGGCAAACCUAGCCACUUGGACAAUAACUAGAGACUGGGCCUUUAAGGGUUGCCAAUAGGUCGGGCGAGAUAUGCGCUUUAUACUUAUGUAUAUGUUAAUGUAUUUUCUGUGUUACCUGUACUGCUGUUUCCGCCGAAUGCAAAUGGCGGUUUUGUAUGGGGAUUUUCCUUCGUUUCACGAACGGCACUUUAGAAAGCCGUUCGUGAACCGAACGCGAUACCCUCAAAUAGCCCACACACUUAGAGGCGUGUGGCGCUAGUUAACCGAUUGCAACAUUGUUGCAAUCGGUUAUUAGAGGCUCUCCUGGGUGGCCGUCGUUCGACUACCGACCAUGCGGCGGUCGGCCAUCUUGGAUCCCUUGUUCGUCAGCGGGUCCGUGUCGUCGAACGCAUACCAUUACCAAUGGUUAUUCGACGGCACGAACACCGCUGAGCCUCCCAGACGUUCGGGAGUUUCAGGACCAGGUUCACGAAAAGCAAUCGGUCCUUUUUGUAGGUUUUGGAAGAAAUGUGUUUUCUGUGCGGCGUUCGGUUAUUUUGGCUGGGAUCUGAGCGGCAAUCUCACGAAUGAUGCGCCCAGACCCCAGCUAACUACCGAACGUCCAUUCGUGUAAAUCCACCGUAUAUUUUAAAAGUUAUGUAUUUUUAUAUGAAUUGCCAGUUCUGCUGCACGAGGGGAUAAUCCCCUUUACGGUGCAUUCUGGGAGGAUGAUCCCUCUCGUGCAGCAGUGCCUGAUGGGAGAAAUAUGUUAUACUGUAAGUCCCCCAUGUAGUCCCCUCUGGGAGUGCCCCUGGGAAAGGACUCAGGAAACCCCUUGCAUGGGGACUUGUAUAAAUUGUCGUGCCGAUUAAAGGAUUGUCAGUUGACUCCCAAAACUGUGUCUCGUCCGGUUAUUGGGAGGUUGGGGAUAUUGCCUUGGUGUUUUCAGCGCUUGACUGUGGAUUCGUUUCUGGACCAGCGGAAUUCGUGGAUUUUAUAUUGGCGUUCCGCUACAAUUGGUGGCAAGCGACGGGAUCCAACUCUACAGCCGAAUACAGCGCAUUCGAAUGAAAGGAACUACCGAACGGAAAGGCAAUUCGUAUGAAACAAGCAGACGAAAGCGAUCAGUGAAUGGGGACUGAUUACACGGCGUUAAAGAGACAGACGCUAAAGGAACUGCUGGAGGCUAGAGGGAGAAGCGCUAGCAACAAAUCGAAGGCAGUACUGAUUGCAGAGCUAAUGGAGGGCGACCAGGCACACAGCAGUCCACCCCCACCUGCCAGAGAGGAAACACCAUACCAGAGGGAACUGAGAACCCGGCUGGAAUUUGUACCACAGCCAGUAACCCUGGACAUUUUAACCGUGCUAAUGGCCGACGUCCAGGACUACAUUAUGGCACAGCAACCCCAGAGGUCACCAUCCAGGGCGGAAUCCAUCGUCAACUCAUUCUGCCCUCCAACAAAGCAGAAAAUACCGUACCAGGCAUUUAAAACAUUCUGCGAGGAGAAGGAUGAGAUAGACGGAUAUCUGCAGGAUUUCGAGAGGCUAUGCGACCUGCACGACCUGGAACCGACCAUGUGGGUACCCUUACUGGCAGGCAAGUUGGCAGGACGAGCAGCAGAGGCUUACCGCGCUGUACCCAGAGAGGACAGCAAAGACUACUUUAAAGUAAAAAGAGCAAUCCUAGAAAGAUAUGCCAUAACCCCAGAGGCAUACCGACGGAAAUUUCGGGGAUUGAAAAAACCCGACAGAGAUUCCCACGCAGAAUGGGCGCAUAAGCUGGACCAAGCUUCACAAGGGUGGAUUCAGGCAAGUCAAGCCACCACCAUGGAGGAACUGCGCCAACUCAUCUUGCUGGAGCAAUUCUUCAACGGUCUGUCACCAGAGGCACAGGAGUGGGUAAGGGACCGAAAACCUCUCAACCUCACAGCAGCCGCCCGAUUGGCAGACGAACACUUUGACGCCCGGAGACACCAUGGGCUCACCAACAGGGGUCCCCUGAGACCGCCAAUACAACAGCACCCAGCCAGCUCCACACCCGCCAACUCUACCCCCUUCAGGCCACCACCAGGAAACCCCCCACCGCCAGCCCGCUACAAUGGCAGGGCCAACAUACAAUGCCAUACCUGCCGGCAGUGGGGGCAUAUGUCUCGGGAGUGCACCCAGAAUCGUAGCAGGCAGGCGUGGAACCAGGUACGGCAGAAUUCCGCCCCCAGGGCGGCGGCCCAUUUCUACCACGCAGAACCUGACCAUUCGGAGCUGACAAGUGUACCAACCGAGGAACCAUUGGGGGUUCUGUACGAGGUAAUGUCUGUGCAAGCCACGGACAACCGGCAGCAUCACCGCCAAGUUGUAUUUGUGGGAGGGAAAGAAGUGCAGGGGCUGCGGGACUCGGGAGCCACCUUAACCUUAGUGGCCCCCCAUCUAAUCCCGGAUACGGCCCACACUGGCGGAUCAGUGGCAGUUCGGGUAGCAGGGGGAGCCAUGUACCGGUUACCCACGGCCAAGGUGCAUUUGAAUUGGGGUGCUGGGGAGGGGGUUGUGGAAGUGGCCAUAAUGAAAAAGCUACCGGCCGAUGUUGUUUUGGGGAAUGACUUGGGCCAGAUGACUUCUGCUUUUCUACCCCAGGCCCCGUCACAAGAGGCGCAUCCGGUAACCACCCGGCAACAGGCUCGCACCACGGCAUUCCCCGCACACUCUGAGGCUCAGGUAAGAAAUCAUGACCCCCCCUUGACAGGCAUGACUUGGGACACCCCGUCCACGUUCGAAGUAGAGGUACAGACCGACCCCACACUGCAGGUAUACCGGGAUAGGGUAGAUACGGACCAGGUGGGGCGGGAGGGAGAACAGUACAGGUGGGAGAAGAAGUUACUAUACCGGGUGGCGGAAAGGGCGAUAGGCAACUCUGUGACGCUCCAAACUAAGCAGUUAGUAGUGCCCCAGAAGUAUAGGCAGGAGUUACUAAGAAUCGCCCAUGAUAUCCCUCUGUCUGGCCAUCUAGGGAUGACCCGGACCCGGUAUCGCUUAACGCACGCAUUCUUUUGGCCCGGGAUUUCUAAAGACGUGAGGCAAUACUGUACCUCCUGUGAUGUGUGCCAGAGGGUAGGCAAGAGGGGGGACCGCCACAAGGCAAAACUGUGUCCCCUACCUAUCAUUGAGGAACCAUUCAGCCGUGUGGCAGUGGAUAUAGUAGGGCCACUACCAAAACCCAGCCCUUCUGGGAAACGGUAUAUCCUGACCGUGGUGGAUUACGCCACCCGGUACCCCGAGGCGAUUGCCCUAACUAAUAUACACGCCGAGACCGUAGCUGAAGCCUUGAUGAAAAUAUUCUCCCGAGUAGGGUUCCCACAGGAAAUGGUCUCCGAUAGGGGGACGCAAUUCACGGCUGAGGUUACUCAGCAAUUAUGGAGGAUAUGUGGCAUUAAGCCGAUCAUUAACUCCGCCUACCACCCGCAAUCCAAUGGAUUAUGUGAGAGAUUCAACGGUACCCUAAAACAGAUGCUCCGGACAUUCGGAGAGACCCAUAAGGACUGGGAACGAUUCCUUCCCCAUCUGUUGUUUGCAUACAGAGAGGUACCCCAAGAGUCCACAGGUUUCUCCCCAUUUGAGCUAUUGUUUGGGAGAAGAGUCCGGGGGCCGUUGGAUCUCAUUAGAGAGCAUUGGGAGGGGGAGAGUAGCGCAGAUGGGACCCCAAUUGUACCCUACGUGCUGGCGUUCCGGGAUCGCCUGGAGGAAUUGACCCAGGCAGUGCGCACCAACCUCCAGGCCGCCCAACAACGCCAGCGUCGUUGGUAUGACAAGGGGGCCAGAGAUCCGGAGUAGGGAAUAGACGCAUGCUCCAUGUGAACAUGCUCAAACCCUACCACGAGCGGACGGAGGACGUGGCAGCUAUUUGCACGCCCGCCUCCGAAGAUCAGGAGAACCUGCCCCUUCCAGAUCUGUUAGAGCAGGAGGAGCAGAAGGAACCCUCCCAGGGGGUUCAACUGGGGGAGCGGCUAAGUCCUCAAGAGCGUAUCCAGGUACAAGAACUGAUAGCAGCAAAGGGCGCCGCCUUUUCUAACCUACCUGGGUACACUCCACUAGCCACCCACCGAGUAGAAACUCCCAUAUCGGAUUCCCGAAUCCGUGCGGGAACAUAUGAGGAAAGAAAUUGACGAGAUGUUGCAGUUGGGGGUUAUUGAGCACUCCGAUAGCCCCUGGGCAUCGCCGGUAGUCCUGGUUCCCAAGAAAGAUGGUACCACCCGGUUCUGCGUGGACUACCGGAGGUUGAACGACAAAACUGUGUCGGACGCCUACCCGAUGCCUCGGAUAGACGAACUGCUUGAUAAAAUGGCCAGGGGUCAGUAUCUCACUACCAUAGAUUUGUGUAAGGGAUACUGGCAAAUUCCACUAGCCGAGGACGCCAUCCCUAAGUCGGCGUUUGUCACCCCGUUUGGCUUGUACCAAUUUCGAGUCAUGCCAUUCGGGAUGAAGAACGCCCCCGCGACCUUCCAGCGGAUGGUGGAUCGGCUACUGGACGGGUUCCAGGACUAUGCGUGUGCAUAUCUGGACGAUAUUGCCAUAUAUAGUCCGACCUGGUCGGAGCACCUACAACACAUAGGGGCCGUAAUAGAUAGGAUUCAGGAGGCAGGGCUUACCUUGAAGCCCAGCAAAUGCCACAUAGGGAUGGCAGAGGUCCAGUACUUAGGACACCGGGUGGGUAGCGGGCAGCAGAAGCCUGAGCCCGCAAAGAUUGAAGCUGUAGCCCAGUGGCCUACUCCUAGGACCAAAACCCAAGUCCUGGCUUUCUUAGGUACCGCAGGGUACUACAGAAAAUUUGUACCCAACUACAGUGCCCUGGCCAAACCCCUGACAGAUCUGACGAAGAAAAAACCUGCCCCGGCAGGUCGUCUGGGCCCCAGAGUGUGAACAGGCAUUCAAUCAGCUGAAGACGGCUCUGACCAAUGCCCCUGUACUGGCAGCUCCCGAUCCAACUAAACGUUUUCUUGUUCACACAGACGCCUCAAUGUUUGGAUUGGGAGCAGUACUGAGCCAGGUCAGAGCCGAUGGCGGAGAACACCCCGUAGCGUACUUGAGUCGGAAAUUGUUACCCCGAGAGGUGAGCUACGCCGCCAUAGAAAAAGAAUGCCUGGCCGUGGUGUGGGCCCUGAAAAAGUUACAGCCAUAUCUCUAUGGGCAACCCUUUUCUUUGCUCACAGAUCACAACCCGUUGGUGUGGCUAAACCGUGUGGCUGGAGACAAUGCCAGGCUGCUGCGCUGGAGUUUAGCGCUGCAGCCCUUUGACUUUACAAUUCACUACCGCCCAGGGAAACAAAACGGUAAUGCCGACGGGUUGUCCCGACAAACAGACCUUGAGAAAUGAUCUGUGAGCACUCCUCCGGACAUCCCCAAGCCGAUCCGUUGGGAUCAGACUGUGUAUGCCGGCUUGGUUCUGGGGGAGCAUUGGGGCAAACCUAGCCACUUGGACAAUAACUAGAGACUGGGCCUUUAAGGGUUGCCAAUAGGUCGGGCGAGAUAUGCGCUUUAUACUUAUGUAUAUGUUAAUGUAUUUUCUGUGUUACCUGUACUGCUGUUUCCGCCGAAUGCAAAUGGCGGUUUUGUAUGGGGAUUUUCCUUCGUUUCACGAACGGCACUUUAGAAAGCCGUUCGUGAACCGAACGCGAUACCCUCAAAUAGCCCACACACUUAGAGGCGUGUGGCGCUAGUUAACCGAUUGCAACAUUGUUGCAAUCGGUUAUUAGAGGCUCUCCUGGGUGGCCGUCGUUCGACUACCGACCAUGCGGCGGUCGGCCAUCUUGGAUCCCUUGUUCGUCAGCGGGUCCGUGUCGUCGAACGCAUACCAUUACCAAUGGUUAUUCGACGGCACGAACACCGCUGAGCCUCCCAGACGUUCGGGAGUUUCAGGACCAGGUUCACGAAAAGCAAUCGGUCCUUUUUGUGGGUUUUGGAAGAAAUGUGUUUUCUGUGCGGCGUUCGGUUAUUUUGGCUGGGAUCUGAGCGGCAAUCUCACGAAUGAUGCGCCCAGACCCCAGCUAACUACCGAACGUCCAUUCGUGUAAAUCCACCGUAUAUUUUAAAAGUUAUGUAUUUUUAUAUGAAUUGCCAGUUCUGCUGCACGAGGGGAUAAUCCCCUUUACGGUGCAUUCUGGGAGGAUGAUCCCUCUCGUGCAGCAGUGCCUGAUGGGAGAAAUAUGUUAUACUGUAAGUCCCCCAUGUAGUCCCCUCUGGGAGUGCCCCUGGGAAAGGACUCAGGAAACCCCUUGCAUGGGGACUUGUAUAAAUUGUCGUGCCGAUUAAAGGAUUGUCAGUUGACUCCCAAAACUGUGUCUCGUCCGGUUAUUGGGAGGUUGGGGAUAUUGCCUUGGUGUUUUCAGCGCUUGACUGUGGAUUCGUUUCUGGACCAGCGGAUUUCGUGGAUUUUAUAUUGGCGUUCCGCUACAAUGACAUGUCACAUAUGUCAUGUGUGCUUAAGGGGUUAAAGGUUGACUAUCCCUGCUUUAACCCUUUUCUGUUUUAAAAAAACAUAGAAGCAAAUAAAACAGGUUUUAUGUGUGUACAUUUUUGCCAAAUGAAAUGUUGUGUUGCCAUGUUUUCACCAAAACUAACUGCUUGUAUAUCUUUGUGGUUUUUUUUAGAUUCUGGUAACCUCCUGAGUAAUAAUCUUUCACGUAAGGUCAGAGUGCUCUGCUGGAUAAUCACUGCACCUGUCAACUUGGAUAUCAAAACUAUACAUUUGAAGCAUUCCUGGACUCGUCAUUGUAAUACAACUCCAUGUAUGAGUUCUGUCAGCAAUGAGAGUUUCCCAACAAUUGGUUUGGGAACCAAGGAAGGAAGGGAUCAGUUGUACUGAAAGACAAUCCAAGCUUUUCAGUAUGUGCACAAGCACUACUAUGACCAAGCUGACUGGUUCCUCAAAGCAGAUGAUGAAACAUAUGUAGUGCUGGAAAAUUUACAUUGGAUGCUGCCAAAUUAUUCCUCUAAUCAGUCAAUCUACUUUGGCAAGCGUUUCAAACCCUUUGCCAAGCAAGGCUACAUGAGCGGAGGAGCUGGUUAUGUACUCAGCAAAGAAGCCCUUAAUCGAUUUGUGGAAGGAUUUAAUAAAGGGAACUGCACACACACAACUUCCGUUGAGGAUCUAGCUCUGGGCCAGUGUAUGGAGAGGAUGGGAGUAAUAGCUGGUGACUCCAGGGAUACUGAAAAAAGAGAGACCUUCCAUCCAUUUACACAACAGCAUCACAUAACACAGCACUUUACAAAAAAAAAUUGGUACUGGACACAUUGUCUCUACCCUAUUGUUGAGGCAAGUAACUUAAGUUACCUAAUUUACCAGUAUUAAUUAUAGUAAUAAUAAUUUUAUUAUUUCAGUUUUUUUUUUUAUAUUCUCUCUCUCUCUCUCAUAUAUAAUAUAUAAUUUAUAUAUUAUAAAAAAAUUAUUUUCUCACCCCUCUUGGGUGGUAUGUUUAUUCCUCAUUCUCGGGUCCUCUACCAGUAUUUGCGCAGUAUCUUAGCUGUUCCUAGAACUGCACUCUUCUAUACAGCGAUCUCAGACCUAGAAUCCUUUGAAGCCACUCCUCAACUUGGGAGUCAUAGCCCCGAGUGCUCCUAUCACAACUGGGACUACUACUGUCUUCACUUUCCACAUCCUUUCUAGUUUUUCUUUCAGUCCUCGGUAUUUGUCCACUUUCUCAUGUUCCUUCUUCCUGAUGUUAUAAUCACUUGGUAUUGCCACAUCCACCACAACUGCAGUCAUGCAUUCCUUGUCUACCACUACAAUGUCUGGUUGGUAUAUAAAUAUACAUAUAUAUCUCUAUCUUAAAAGAUUUGUGGUGGGUAAAAAAGUAUGGAUGAAAACCCCUUCCACCUGAAAUAAGUAGAUGGUUAAUACAUUGCUAAACACAAAUACACACCAGUCAAGCCAUUAGACUUGCUUUUCCCACAUAAAUCUUACUUUAACAGUGCUCUCACUACUGCAAGGGAUUCGGGAUAGGCAUAUUAAAAUGAGCGCAACAAAGAAGCUAAUUUUUGCCUCAAUUCCACUUUAUUAUUAUUAUUAUUGCCAUUUAUAUAGUGCCAACAGAUUCCAUAGCACUUUAUAAUAUUAUGAGAGGGGAUUUAACUAUAAAUAGGACAAUAAAAAAUAAAAAUAAAAACUUACAGGCACGAUAGGUUGGAGAGGACCCUGCUCAAAUGAGCUUACAAUCUAUAGGAGGUGGGGUGUAAAACACAAUAGGACAGGAAAUAUCAAAUAGGGUGGGAUUAAAGCAGAGCUGGAGGAGAGAGUAGAGUGCUGCCGUUUAGGAGAGCGCAAGAGACAGGUAUGUGAGGUAGAGGUUAGUCUGGGAGGCCAUAAGCUUUCCUAAAGAGAUGAGUUUUAAGGGCACUUCUUAAAAGAUGCAAGACUAGGGGAGAGUCUGAUGGUGGUAGGCAGGCUAUUCCAUAGGAAGGGAGCUGCCCGCAAGCAGUCCUGCAAGCGUGAGUUGGCCGUAUGGGUGCAAACAACAGACAGAAGGUAGUCACAGGCAGAGCGGAGAGACCAAGAAGGGACAUACUUAUGGAUCUGUGAAGAGAUAUAGAAUGGGCAAGAGUUGUUCAGUGCUUUAUAGGUGUGAAUUAGUACCUUGAAUUGACUCCUAUAGCAUACAGGAAGCCAAUGUAAGGACUGACAGAGGGGUGAGGUGUGAGAGAACCGAAUAGAGAGGAAAACCAGUCUGGCGGCAGCGUUCAUUAUGGACUGUAGCGGUGUUGUACGGCUUUUGGGAAGACCAAUAAGGAGAGGGUUACAAUAAUCAAUGCGGGAAAUUACUAGGGCAUGGACAAGCUCCUCGGUAGAUUCUUGUGUAAGAAAGGGGCGGAUGCGAGCCAUGUUUUUAAGAUGAAAUCUACAGGAUUUGGCAACAUACUGAAUGUGAGGCUCAAAGGUGAGGCCAGAAUCAAGUAUGACACCAAGACAACACUAUUAAACUCUACAUAACUGGAUUAUACAUGGAUUCCUUGGAGUAUGUGUCUGCUGUAUACAACAGCUUUGAAACACAUCUCAGGAAGAGGAGCAGAGCCAGUGAACCACUCAUGGACAGCUGUUUCGUUAUUAAUGCAACUCAUCAGCAACUAACCUCAUGUAGUGAAUUGCUUGGAUGACUUGCAAUCGUUUGUCAGUAGUGAUCCAGGGUUUUACCUGGACACAAGUCGUUAUCUGUGGGAUAUGGUUUGUUUUGUUUUUGUGUGUCUUACUAUAGGUAUUUAAUGAUCUGUGAUUUUAAUGAAAUUGCAAUAUGCUUGGCCUGGCAAUGAUUCUAUAGUAGAAAACCAUAAAAUGCAAUAUAUAUGGCUGCUUUUAUUACUGAAUUAGUAUGGGCUUAGUAGUAGUGGGGUGGUCUGUGCGUUGAAUGUUUGAAUGGGGUAUGUAUCUAAGGAAAAGGAAGUCAGAGAUAAGCCUUUAAUUCUCAGUGUGUUGGAUUAGCCUGUCUGUGCCAAUUGUUUUCUGUGUGUCAGUACUUGAUUUAGUCAGAGCCUGCGCUUCCAUCAGGCCACAUAGGCAGUGACCUAGGGUGCCUGUGCAUACAACACAUACAACUCAUACUCCCCAUGGGGUUAAAUGUUAUAUACCUUUCUGCUUUCACUUUAUCACACUGCAUAUCCAGAAUGGGCUGUAGCAUCUUUCCAAAUUACAGGGGAUUGAUUUGUUAAGAAGGGAAUGAACAUUUACUCGUCAUUCCAGUUGUUUAUGGACUCAUGCCACAUGAUUAAGUCAGCUUGAGAUUUUAUGAAAUAAAGUAGUGUUUCAGGCACUCAAGGUGAUAGCCAAAAAGGCAGUUUUAUUGGAGCAAACAAGCAGCAACGUUUUGACCCAAGCGUGUUUAAGUGACUAUACUAUUGUCAUCAAGAAGAUUGGGAAAAAGACAGAAUAGCCUGGAAAUCAAUGAAUGUUCUUGUGGAAUCAUAUGCAUGGCAUAGUUUAGAGAACCAGGGAGAGACUAAAGGUCUUUGCAUGUGUAUGAACCUAGCAAUAUGAAUCUGUCUAAUUCCUGCCAUAUUUCCUUUCAUCAGGGAGAGGUGACUUAAAUAUGUGUGUGUGUGUGUGUGUGUGUGUGUGUGUGUGUGUGUGUUUGUAUGUAUGUGUCUGUGUGCCUGCCUGUCUGUUUGUAUGUAUGUGUCUUUGCAUGUAUUUCUUGUGUGUCUGUCUAUCUGUCUGUAUGUAUGUGUCUUUGUAUGAAUGUUUGUCUGUAUGUGUGUGUCUGUCUGUAUGCAUGUGUGUGUCUGUCUGUAUGUGACUUUGUAUGUAUGUGUGUCGUGUGUGUGUGUGUGCAUGUGUCUGUGUGCCUGUCUGUCUGUCUGUUUGUAUGUAUGUCUUUGUAUGUAAGUGUCAUGUGUGUAUGUAUGUGUCUGGUGUAUCUGUCUGUCUGUAUGUGGGUGUGUCUGUCGGGGGACAGUUAGAGGGGGGGAGAAGGAGGGGGCCCAUGGAUCAGUUUCGCACCGGGGCCCCAUGGGUUAUGUGUACGCCACUGCUUGUGGCUAUACCAAUUGGAUUUGUUCACCAACAAGAUAAAGGGUAAUGAUUAAAAGGACCCAGCAUGAAACCAUCCUCAAUUUAUUUUUGUGUUUGGAUCAGGUUUGGGGUUGGAGUGAUUGUAUUGGAGUUCGAUGCUCCAGUAUAAGAAGCUUUUAAUUAAGUCAGUCUUUUUUUUUAUUGAAUGGAUUGAUGACAGAAUAGUUGUCAUCAUUUUGUGCAUCGCUGUAAUGCUGUCUGAGUUGUUCCCCUGUGAGCUGGUACCAGGCCUGGGUGUGUGUGAUUAAGAGGUAUACAGCCUAUAACGUUCAGCUCUCCCUGCUGUAGCUGGAGUUCUGCUGAAAUUUUCUGGAUGGUCCAUGACCUAAAGGAACAAGUUGUAGAAGGUUCUUGAAUCUCUUCAGGGGUACUUGGUCUAACAGGGGUGCCACAUCUUGCUGGAGUCCUGGGGAGAGACAACAAGUCACCUUGUUCCAAAAAAUGAAUAGAUAAAUAUACAUCAGAUAGUAGUAUGUAUAAUAGAAGUAAAAAAAUAGACCAAACCCUUUCCCUUUUUUCCUUAUGAUAUUAGAGUGAAACUAGUCUUCUAACUAAUGCCUUAUGCAAAAUGAAAGCCCUGUUUGUCCUGAACACAAUAAUAUAUAAUAAGUGUGGGUGUAUUUUCUAUGAAAGAGGGAAAUUAUGGUUUUGCUUUGAUUACAACUUGUACAAUUGCCUCCUUCCUUAAGGGGUUAAGUGGAUUCAUGUUUAAGUGACAUGUUUGUCACUUGUUAGUUUGAAGUUUGCCUAUAAGGUUCAACCAAUGGGAUGUGGAUGCACGUUAUACAAUUAAUGAAGUAAAUGUGUUUGCAAUUUCACUUUUAUUCAUGGUUAAUGGUGUGCCUUACAUAUAUGGAUUGUGUUAGUGUGGUGUUCGCUUGAUAAAGGCCUCAUUGCAGGUCGAAACAUUGCUGUUUAUGUUCUGAUUUUUCAAAUAAAUCUGUUACCUUUUGUACCUUGAGUGACUGGAUCACAUUGCUUUUUCCAUUUAUGUAUGGGGUCUGCCAGUCCAGUUGUGCACCUAGUGGUGUACCUGAGAUGAGUGUAGAUGCUUUCCUUCCGGUUGAAAAUGAACGCUACGUUUUGAACUUUACUGGUAAAACAGGAUUUAGAGCACAACAGAACAAAAAACUACAACAGAGUCAGGUGAUCAGAGAGAACAGAAAACCAAAUAUAUACUAUAUUCUAUAGAAUGCUAAAUACAACCAUACAUCUCCAACUAAGUACUUGCUGUUCUAAAGCUGACCAUACAUAAACAACCAUAAACCUCCAUUCUGAAAUCAUACUCCCUACAAUAUACUUUAUACUUGUACAAUAUACUAAAUUAUACAAACUUAAACAAACUACAAAACAUUUUCCAUUAUGAUAACUAUAUAUACUCACCUUGUAAUUGCUUUUCAUAAUUGUAUUUUUUAUUUCAAUAGACUACCAUAGAGAUAUAUAACAAGGCACUAUAUUAGGUUGUGCAUUGGCAUACCAGACACACCUAGAGCAUAUGGCAAUCAUUAACAACACUAUAUAUAGCAUUGCAUUAAAGUACAUGCUAAUCAAAUGUAAUGAAUGAAUUCAUUCACAGCUUCAUUUAAUAAUUACAUUUAGACAGAAUGCUAUGGGAGAGGCAGGGUAAACAUAGAAGGAGGGCUUGCUCCGUUUAUGCAUCCCAUAAAGGGAAGAUGGAUGGAUGAAUUAAUGAAUGGAUGAAUAAACAGAUAGAUGACACAAUCACAGAGUACAUUAAGUCUAAUUGUAUUAUAUCUAUUUACUUAUUGAUGACUAACUAACCCUGCUGCCAAACAUGGUACAUUUCUUUGUAUAGGAUCACUAUAUAAGAAACAGUAAACACUCUGUAUUUACUUUAAAGUUUUUUCCAGGCUAUUUUAAAACAAAGUUGAAGCAUUUUAACAGUUUUAAACAAUAAUACACCCUACACUGUAUUAUUGUUACUUUGUUCUUCAAAUUGAUAUUAGCUGCAAAUUAAUAUGAAAAAUCAACCCUUGUUUUCUUGUAUUUUUUUACAGGGUCUCCAAUGCUGCUCAGAUUUGGCUCUCUCAUUUCAUUACGUGAAUGCUAAAUUAAUGCACACGUUGGAAUAUUUUACCUAUCACCUUAGGCCUUACGGAUACCAAUAUCGCUACCAUCCGCCAUUACCAGAGAAUGCAAAACAACUACUAGAUUAA